AUGGUAACCCGAGCAGAUAGACUCCGUAGGAAAAAAAAAAAAAAGAAGAACACUACCAAGGCGGUAGAUACCAUUGGUAAAUUGAGAAAAUUGAAAAAACACUUUCCCGAACUCACCCAACCUUUAAAGCCUAAACCUGGAUUUACCAAACAACCCGAAGAGAGUUUUUCAUCCAUUACCAAUGAAGAGGAAUUGAGAUUGGAGAGAGAACUUUCUGAAAAUCCACUCUCCUAUGAUGCUCGGAUGAAAUUGAAGAGAGAAAUUAUGAAGAGAGAAUUCCGUGAUGAUUUGAGUAAAUUAAUGAAAGAGGAUGAGGCUAAAUUUCAAUUAUCAUUCACUCCGAAACCUACUGAAUCAUCAGUUAAUAAGAAGAAGAUGGAAAAGGAUGAACAAUCAACAACGAAAGGAAGAGCUGCUGAGGACACAAUUAAUGUUGCCAAGUUUGGUAAGAGAUUAUUGAAACAUAGAGAAGAAUUUGAAAAAUUACUUCCAAAGAUCAGGGAGAAGAGAGAGCAAGCCAGGUUAAAGACACUUAAAAAGGAUCCAGUUCAAUCAUCGAAUGAUGUCAUGAUUCAUUCUGAGAAGGAUAUUGACGAAGCUUUCAAGGCAAAGAAAGUUGAUGAAACUACAACACUGUCAUCUGUUUCAUCCUUUAGACAAAUGCAAAAUGGUAACUCGGAACAAUUAUGGGUUUCCUUCACGAAACGUUUCCAUGACACAAAGACUGUGCAUGAUCGAUCGUAUUCGAAAGGUCAUCGACGAGUUGGAGAAUAUAUUAUAUAA